UCCAGAUGUUGAUGAAAUUCCAUUUUUUGUGUUACUCCAUUUUUUGUGUUACUUUAGUAGAUUUUACUCUGUUUAUCCUUUAGUUUAAUUCUGUUUGAAUUUCGCUGUAUUCUGUAAUGUAAAUAGAACGAAAUUUAUUGUGUAAAAUGAAAUUUCAAUAAAAUAAAAAAGGAGUCUUCAUGUCCCGUUAUCGAGGGCCUCGUUUAAAAAAAAUACGCCGUCUGGGAGCUUUACCAGGACUCACUAGAAAAACGCCUAAAUCCGGAAGUAAUCAGAAAAAGAAAUUCCAUUCUGGGAAAAAAGAGCAAUAUCGUAUUCGUCUUCAAGAAAAACAGAAAUUGCGUUUUCAUUAUGGUCUGACAGAACGACAAUUACUUAGAUAUGUACAUAUCGCUGGAAAAGCAAAAAGAUCCACAGGUCAGGUUUUACUACAAUUACUUGAAAUGCGUUUGGAUAAUAUCCUUUUUCGAUUGGGUAUGGCUUCAACCAUUCCUGGGGCCCGACAAUUAGUUAACCAUAGACAUAUUUUAGUUAAUGGUCGUAUAGUUGAUAUACCAAGCUUUCGUUGCAAACCCCGAGAUAUUAUUACUACGAAGGAUAACCAACGAUCAAAACGUUUGGUUCAAAAUUAUAUUGCUUCAUCCGAUCCGGGCAAAUUACCAAAGCAUUUGACGGUUGACACAUUGCAAUAUAAAGGACUAGUAAAAAAAAUUCUAGAUAGGAAGUGGGUCGGUCUCAAAAUAAAUGAGUUGUUAGUUGUAGAAUAUUAUUCUCGCCAGACUUGAACUUAACGAAAAAAGGAAAGGUUCAUAGAAUUUUUUUCCCCUUCCCCUUUCCCCGAACUAAAUCGACCUAAGGCUCUUAAUUCGUAUUUUCCCGUUCACCUAGCAGAAAUAGAUUAACCCUAGGAUACUUUUUUCUUUUUUGUUAUUUCCUCGAUGUGUAUUUUACAUACCACAGUAAUUUGCUAUAGAGAAUUUCUAUUAAUUAAAGGUAUUAUUGUUGGAAUAAAUUGUUAUUUAAUUUGAUACAUUGUGAUCGCUAACAUUGAUGAAUUAAGAGAAACGGAAAGAGAGGGAUUCGAACCCUCGGUAAACAAAAGUCUACAUAGCAGUUCCAAUGCUACGCCUUGAACCGCUCGGCCAUCUCUCCUACAUAAUCUUAUUAUGGAAAAUAAACUGAGUGAAUAGCGAGUUUUCGUAUUCCUGCAGUACAGGUACAGCCACAACGGCUCGGGAAUUCCAUGGCUCUAUUGGAUUGGAUGGAAAAAUUCCUUUUCAUCUAAGUGGAAGGAUCCUGUAUUUUUUUACUAGGAAUUCUGCUCCCUCGAAAAGUUUUUCUUUGGGGAAAACCAAAAUAAAAAGAGAAUGGAAGAAUUCUUCUUAUUCCAUAAGAAAAUAAAGGAACCCUAGAAUUCCAUUUGCAUAAGGUACAUUACGCCAUACAAUCUAAAUAUAAAAGGGGUAUGGGGCAAUUAAUGACUUUGAAAACGCGAAAUAGCUGAUGAGGGAAGUUGUUGUUGAGAAAUAGGAAAGUGGAAUGAAAUCCAGUCUUAGUCAAAUAUUUCAUAUCUCUUCUCUUCUUGUCCAAACAGAAGGAAAAGGAGACAAUUUGAGCUGAGCGGAAAAUCCAUAUCUCUCUUAUCCAUUUAGAGCAUAUGGAUCGAUUUAUAAGAAUCGAAUGUUUUGUUUUUAUGUUAUUUUGUGAUAGAAUGAAAAGAAUUCUAUAUAGAAUGGGUUGGGAAUUAUGCCUAGAUCCCGUAUAAAUGGAAAUUUCAUUGAUAAGACCUCCUCGAUUGUAGCCAAUAUUUUAUUGCAAAUAAUUCCGACAACCUCCGGGGAAAAAAGGGCAUUUACUUAUUAUAGAGAUGGUGCGAUUUGACUCUUUUUUUUUUUAGCCCUACCUAUAUCUCAUUCUUACGAGAAAGAGAGAGGGUUCGCAUAGAGAGAACAAAAUUAGUAAAGGAAACCCGCGCUUGGGGAAGGUGAGGUGAACUAACAAUUCCUUCUGUCGUGUAUCCUCGAUUGAUGUGGCCUCAGAUGCUUCAAUUGUAGAUUUGAGUAUUGAGCGAAAGGUUACACCUACAGGAUAGGUUCUGUAUUACAGGGCAAUCCGACUCUACUAGUACCAAUAGGCAGCAUAGGGGAGAAAAGCACUACACCACGAAAUAGGAAUCAACAAGAGAAAAACUUUGUUAGAAAUUAGCCCUUUCCUGAUUGGUAUCAGGGUUGGGAAGAAUGGUUGGGAUAACAAACAACCAUCAGGUUUGUACUUUGGAUACCCUUAUAACCAUCAAAGGUCGUUGAAGUGGCUAAUUCCUCUAAAUAGGAGGCGUUGAGAACAAAGAAAUUCUUGGAGCUAUCGUUUUCCUCUAGCAUUAAUAUAAUUCAUUGGUGUUAAGAAAAACCUCUUGGGGGAAGGUUGGCUAGAGAUUUCUUGGAAAAAUACCAGCCCCCUUCGGUCCAUAAUGAGAUGGGACUAAUUCGAUUUUUAUUCUAUAGAUUUUUCGCUUAGUACUAUGUAUAGAAGGGAGAAGCCGUAUGAGAUGAAAACCUCAUGUACGGUUUUGGAACGGAGAUUUUUUGAAUAGAAUGAACGACCGUAACGGAUGUUGGCUCAAUCCGAAGGAAAUUAUGCGGAAGCUUUGCAGAAUUAUUAUGAAGCUACGCGACUAGAAAUUGAUCCCUAUGAUCGAAGUUAUAUACUAUAUAACAUAGGCCUUAUACACACAAGCAAUGGAGAGCAUACAAAGGCUUUGGAAUAUUAUUUCCGGGCGCUAGAACGAAACCCCUUCUUACCGCAAGCUUUUAAUAAUAUGGCCGUGAUCUGUCAUUACGUGCGACUAUCUCCACUAUAGAAAGAAGAAAAAAAAGAAAGGAGGAAAUUUUCUAGUGAAUACUAGAAAAGAGGGCUUUCUACAUAGGGAUCGUCAAAACAACGAUUUUACCCUAUCAGCUGUAGGAAGGAAGGACACUUCACGAGAAUCAAAAUAGGAAGAAAGUAGAGCCUAUACUACUAUUCUAUGGAUAAAGCUGAAAUUGAUAGAGAAAACACCGUAAAGAUCAAUUAGUGAGCGACUGGGUCGAUACAACUAAAAAAAACUGCUUCAUUAUACCACGAUAUGGGACAAAAUUUAGGAAUCCGCUUAUGUAAUAAAGCCGAUCCACUAAGGGAUUAAGCAGCGGUGUAGUAUCAGAUCCCAAAGAUAGUAAGUUCUUUUUUCUUUCUUAUGGAAAAAGGUCUUUUUCCAGGAUUCUAUAGAAAUUUCAUAUAUGAAAGAAACGAAACCGAGAUAGUUACCUUUCAGAAAAUUCGAACGAAGGAUAUAGGUCUAUCUAUGCUUCAUUCUUCUGAAGGUGGGAGAAAAGAUCAAACUGAUUAUUGAUCAAAAUUAGGGUUUGAAACUUAGGUAAUUAACUUCUUCUGCUUAACCCAAGAAGAAAUUGGAUUGAUUUUUGAGAAAUCGAAUUCAGUUAAGAUAGGGGAAAUUAAGAUAGCAAUUUCUGAGCCGUAUGAGGUAGGAAACUCUCAAGUACGGUUCUAGGGAAAGGAACUGCCUAUUCCAACCGAGGAGAACAGGCCAUUCUACAGGGCGAUUCGGAAAUUGCGGAAGCUUGGUUUGAUCAAGCUGCUGAGUAUUGGAAACAAGCUAUAGCGCUUACUCCAGGAAAUUAUAUUGAAGCACAGAACUGGUUAAAGAUUACGAAGCGCUUUGAAUUUGAAUAAGACCACUCUCCAUUUUCAUAAAAAGGGUGGUUUGGUUGAAAAUCAAAUCAAGAAUUUCAUUAUAUCCCUUUCUUCUACCUUCAAUUUUAUAUCAUAUUUCAUAAGGAUAAACAAUAGGGAUAGGCUCUGGAACAGAAGUAAUAAAGUACAUAAAAAUCGGCAAUCUAAAUAUUCCUACCUAAUAUAUCAGGACGGUCUUAUUAAUAAUUCUAAUGAGUUAUCUUGGAAUUUUGAAUCGAAUCAAAAAAUCUAUAUUAUGCUCACUCAAGGAAAGUAGAUGUAGAUAGGGGCUUAUACCCUCAGAAAAAAAAUACACCAGCUUCUUAAAUUAAAACGUAAAAAAAGAUUUUUUUGUUAUGUCGGGAAAUAAUUUUCCAGAAUAACCAAUGUCCGUUAGGCACCUAAUCCUUAUGUCAUAAUAGAUCCGAACACUUGCCUCGGAUUGACUUCAAUAUAUAAUUGCUCCAGUGAAUAACUAAAAAAAAAAAAUAGAAGGACGGUAGAUAGUAAAGAAAAGGACUAAUCAUAAUAUCUAUCUUUAAAAGAUUCAAUAAAAAGACAGUUGGCGGGUCUCUUUGUAUGUCUUGUCCGGAAAGAGGAGGACUUAAUGAUUAUUCGUUCGUCGGAACCAGAAGUUAAAAUUGCUGUGGAUAGGGAUCCUAUAAAAACAUCUUUUGAGGAAUGGGCCAGACCCGGGCAUUUCUCAAGAACAAUAGCUAAGGGCCCCGAUACUACCACUUGGAUCUGGAACCUACAUGCUGAUGCUCACGAUUUCGAUAGUCAUACCGGUGAUUUGGAGGAGAUCUCCCGAAAAGUCUUUAGUGCUCAUUUCGGCCAACUCUCCAUUAUCUUUCUUUGGUUGAGUGGCAUGUACUUCCACGGUGCCCGUUUUUCCAAUUAUGAAGCAUGGCUAAGCGAUCCUACUCACAUUGGACCCAGUGCUCAGGUAGUUUGGCCAAUAGUAGGACAAGAAAUUUUGAAUGGUGAUGUAGGCGGGGGUUUCCGAGGAAUCCAAAUAACCUCUGGUUUUUUUCAGAUUUGGCGAGCAUCCGGAAUAACUAGUGAAUUACAACUCUAUUGUACCGCAAUUGGUGCAUUGAUUUUUGCAUCGUUAAUGCUUUUUGCCGGUUGGUUCCAUUAUCACAAAGCCGCUCCCAAAUUGGCCUGGUUCCAAGAUGUAGAAUCCAUGUUGAAUCACCACUUAGCGGGAUUAUUAGGACUUGGGUCUCUUUCUUGGGCGGGACACCAAAUCCAUGUAUCUUUACCGAUUAACCAAUUUCUCGACGCUGGGGUUGAUCCUAAAGAGAUACCACUUCCUCAUGAAUUUAUCUUGAAUCGCGACCUUUUGGCUCAACUUUAUCCUAGUUUUGCCGAAGGAGCAACCCCUUUUUUCACCUUGAAUUGGUCCAAAUAUGCGGAAUUUCUUAGUUUUCGCGGAGGACUAGAUCCAAUAACCGGUGGUCUAUGGUUGAGCGAUAUUGCACACCAUCAUUUAGCUAUUGCUAUUCUUUUCCUGAUCGCUGGUCAUAUGUAUAGGACCAAUUGGGGUAUUGGUCAUGGACUUAAAGAUAUUUUGGAGGCUCAUAAGGGCCCAUUUACAGGACAAGGCCAUAAAGGUCUCUAUGAAAUCCUAACAACGUCAUGGCAUGCUCAAUUAUCUCUUAACCUAGCUAUGCUAGGCUCUACAACUAUUGUUGUAGCUCAUCAUAUGUACUCUAUGCCCCCCUAUCCAUACCUAGCUACUGACUACGGUACACAACUUUCCUUGUUCACACACCACAUGUGGAUUGGCGGAUUUCUAAUAGUUGGUGCUGCUGCACAUGCAGCCAUUUUUAUGGUAAGAGACUAUGAUCCAACUACUCGAUACAACGAUCUAUUAGAUCGCGUCCUUAGACACCGCGAUGCAAUCAUAUCCCACCUUAACUGGGUAUGUAUAUUUCUGGGUUUUCACAGUUUUGGCUUGUACAUUCAUAAUGAUACCAUGAGUGCUUUAGGCCGUCCCCAAGAUAUGUUUUCGGAUACCGCCAUACAAUUACAACCCAUCUUUGCUCAAUGGAUACAAAAUAUCCAUGCUGGCGCGCCUGGCGUAACAGCUCCUGGUGCAACAACAAGUACCAGCUUAACGUGGGGAGGCGGCGAGUUAGUAGCUAUAGGCGGCAAAGUAGCUUUGUUACCUAUUCCAUUAGGAACCGCAGAUUUUUUAGUCCAUCACAUUCACGCAUUUACCAUCCAUGUGACUGUAUUAAUACUUUUGAAAGGUGUUUUAUUUGCUCGCAGUUCCCGUCUGAUACCUGAUAAAGCAAAUCUUGGCUUUCGCUUCCCUUGCGACCGGACCUGGGCGAGGGGGAACAUGUCAAGUAUCCGCCUGGGAUCAUGUUUUCUUAGGUCUAUUCUGGAUGUACAAUUCUAUUUCGGUAGUCAUUUUCCAUUUCAGUUGGAAAAUGCAGUCGGAUGUUUGGGGUACUAUAAGUGAUCAAGGGAUAGUAACUCAUAUCACAGGGGGAAACUUUGCGCAGAGUUCCAUUACGAUUAAUGGUUGGCUUCGAGAUUUCUUGUGGGCACAGGCAUCCCAAGUAAUUCAGUCUUAUGGUUCUUCAUUAUCUGCAUAUGGUCUUUUUUUCUUAGGCGCUCAUUUUGUCUGGGCUUUCAGUUUAAUGUUUUUAUUCAGCGGCCGUGGUUAUUGGCAAGAACUCAUUGAAUCUAUCGUUUGGGCUCAUAACAAAUUAAAAGUUGCUCCUGCUACUCAGCCUAGAGCCUUGAGCAUUAUACAAGGACGUGCUGUAGGAGUAACCCAUUACCUUCUGGGUGGAAUUGCCACAACAUGGGCAUUCUUCUUAGCGAGAAUUAUUGCAGUAGGAUAGUGGCUAGGAGGAUUUGAAAGGCAUUAUGGAAUUAAGAUUUCCCAGGUUUAGCCAAGGCUUAGCUCAGGACCCCACUACUCGUCGUAUUUGGUUUGGUAUUGCUACCGCACAUGAUUUCGAAAGUCAUGAUGAUAUUACUGAGGAACGUCUUUAUCAGAACAUUUUUGCUUCUCACUUUGGGCAGUUAGCAAUAAUCUUUCUAUGGACGUCCGGAAAUCUGUUUCAUGUAGCUUGGCAAGGAAAUUUUGAAUCAUGGAUACAGGAUCCUUUACACGUAAGACCUAUUGCUCAUGCCAUUUGGGAUCCUCAUUUUGGGCAACCCGCUGUGGAAGCCUUUACUCGAGGAGGUGCUGCCGGUCCAGUGAAUAUCGCUUAUUCUGGGGUUUAUCAGUGGUGGUAUACAAUUGGAUUGCGCACCAAUGAAGAUCUUUAUACUGGAGCUCUUUUUCUAUUAUUUCUUUCUACGCUAUCCUUAAUAGGGGGUUGGUUACAUCUACAACCCAAAUGGAAGCCAAGCCUUUCGUGGUUCAAAAACGCCGAAUCUCGUCUGAAUCAUCAUUUGUCAGGACUUUUCGGAGUAAGUUCUUUGGCUUGGACAGGACAUUUAGUUCAUGUUGCUAUUCCCGGAUCCAGGGGGGAGUACGUUCGAUGGAAUAAUUUCUUAGAUGUAUUACCCUAUCCCCAGGGGUUGGGUCCCCUUCUGACGGGUCAGUGGAAUCUUUAUGCCCAAAAUCCUGAUUCGAGUAAUCAUUUAUUUGGUACCACUCAAGGAGCGGGAACUGCCAUUCUGACCCUUCUUGGGGGAUUCCAUCCACAAACACAAAGUUUGUGGCUGACCGAUAUUGCUCAUCAUCAUUUAGCUAUUGCAUUUAUUUUUCUCAUUGCCGGUCAUAUGUAUCGAACUAACUUCGGAAUUGGGCACAGUAUCAAAGAUCUUUUAGAAGCACAUACUCCUCCGGGGGGUCGAUUAGGACGUGGGCAUAAAGGCCUUUAUGAUACAAUCAAUAAUUCGAUUCAUUUUCAAUUAGGCCUUGCUCUAGCUUCCUUAGGGGUUAUUACUUCCUUAGUAGCUCAACAUAUGUACUCUUUACCUGCUUAUGCAUUCAUAGCACAAGACUUUACUACUCAAGCUGCUUUAUAUACUCAUCACCAAUACAUUGCAGGGUUCAUCAUGACAGGGGCUUUUGCUCAUGGAGCUAUUUUUUUCAUUAGGGAUUACAAUCCGGAACAGAAUGAAGAUAAUGUAUUGGCAAGAAUGUUAGACCAUAAGGAAGCUAUCAUAUCUCAUUUAAGUUGGGCUAGCCUCUUCCUAGGAUUCCAUACCUUGGGCCUUUAUGUUCAUAACGACGUUAUGCUUGCUUUUGGUACUCCAGAAAAGCAAAUCUUGAUUGAACCUAUAUUUGCCCAAUGGAUACAAUCUGCUCAUGGUAAGACGACAUAUGGGUUCGAUAUACUCUUAUCUUCAACGAAUGGCCCCGCUUUCAAUGCAGGUCGAAACAUAUGGUUGCCCGGAUGGUUGAAUGCUGUUAAUGAGAAUAGUAAUUCGCUUUUCUUAACAAUAGGACCUGGGGAUUUCUUGGUUCAUCAUGCUAUUGCUCUAGGUUUGCAUACAACUACAUUGAUUUUAGUAAAGGGUGCUUUAGAUGCACGCGGUUCCAAAUUAAUGCCGGAUAAAAAGGAUUUCGGGUAUAGUUUUCCUUGCGACGGCCCAGGGCGCGGCGGUACUUGUGAUAUUUCUGCUUGGGACGCGUUUUAUUUGGCAGUUUUCUGGAUGUUAAAUACCAUUGGAUGGGUUACUUUUUAUUGGCAUUGGAAACACAUUACAUUAUGGCAGGGCAACGUUUCACAAUUUAAUGAAUCCUCCACUUAUUUGAUGGGAUGGUUAAGAGAUUACCUAUGGUUAAACUCUUCACAACUUAUUAAUGGAUAUAAUCCUUUUGGGAUGAAUAGUUUAUCAGUAUGGGCUUGGAUGUUCUUAUUUGGACAUCUUGUUUGGGCUACAGGAUUUAUGUUCUUAAUUUCCUGGCGUGGAUAUUGGCAGGAAUUAAUUGAGACUUUAGCAUGGGCUCAUGAACGGACACCUUUGGCUAAUUUAAUUCGCUGGAGAGAUAAGCCCGUGGCUCUUUCCAUUGUGCAAGCAAGAUUGGUCGGAUUAGCCCACUUUUCCGUGGGUUAUAUAUUCACUUAUGCAGCUUUCUUGAUUGCCUCAACAUCAGGCAAGUUUGGUUAAUUUAGUUAUUUUUUUUUGUACUGUAUCAGAACCCAGUUCAUUACUCUUGAUGGAGAGGGAGGAUCCGCCUUUUUAGAUUUUUGCUAUUUAUUUUUCUAUCUAGGAUUAGAACCAUAUACUUGGUAAUAAUAGGAACGGCACAUUAUGGCAAAAAAAAGUUUGAUUCAGAGGGAGAAGAAGCGGCAGAAAUUAGAACAAAAAUAUCAUUUGAUUCGUCGAUCCU